AUGUCGCGCUCGAGCUUUCGACAGAGGCGUGUAGAUCAUCGGGAUAACGGCGUCGCCGCCACGGAGGGCGAUUCCGACGUUCUGGAGGCACGGUUGCGCCAAGGCGCUGCGGAGACGUCUCUACGUGAGUUGACCGGACGUGAUAAGAAGCGCCGUCCACCCGGUCCCGUGCGAUUCGCGACGACGACGCCGAACACGAUCACGCACAGCAUUAUGCUCGCUCGGGGCUGGUGUGAGGUUGCGGUAACGGAUCCGUCUUGGGACUUUUUCUACGCGGACGUGGGAUGGAUACACGACAACCUGCCGUACAAGAGCGCCGCGCACAUGGAGGAAUACCAGCGGGUGAAUCACUUCCCGAAUCACGGCGAACUGACGCGCAAGGAUCUGAUGGCGAAAAAUUUGAAUAGAGCGAGGCGUCAGGCGGCGAAGAAUGAGGGCGCGGAGAAGGCUUCACGCUUCGAUAUCCUCCCGCUCACAUACGUGAUGCCGCAGGAGGCAAUGAUGAUGCGCCGAGCCUUUCGCGAGCGCGGAGGGCUAUGGAUCAUGAAACCGAUCGGGAGAGCGCAGGGUAAGGGCAUAUUCAUCGUUCAUAAGGCUUCACAGAUCGCCAAGUGGGUUGUAGAGCGCGAGAAAAACGGUGCCGAGAACGUGUGCAUCGAUAACUAUGUCGCGCAACAAUACAUAUCCAAUCCGUACUGCGUCGGCGGGAGAAAAUUUGAUUUGCGCUUGUAUGUGCUGGUCAUGUCUUUUCGUCCAACGCGAGCGUACCUGUACCGCGAUGGAUUCGCGCGCUUCACUGCCACUCGUUACACAUGUGACAAGGAGUCGUUCGAUGACGAAAUGGUACACCUCACGAAUCACUCGGUACAAAAGCGCGAUCCAAACUACGACGCGUCCAAGUGCGAUUUACGAUGGAGCGCGCGGAGUAUGCGUCAGUACAUCGCGGCGAAACACGGCACCGCAAUCGCAGACGCGCUCGUGUAUAACAUCGCAAAUGUCGUGGUACAUUCCCUUCAGUCAGUGGCGCCGGUGAUGAUAAAUGAUCGCCACUGUUUUGAGAUGUACGGGUACGAUGUCAUGCUCGAUGAAAAUUUACGCCCGUGGCUCAUUGAGGUCAAUGCGUCGCCAUCGAUGAGCGUAGACAGUGCGGGCGACCGCGCGCUAAAAACAGCACUAUUUCAGGAUGUGCUGAACAUCGUCGACAUGGAGACUGGCACACCGUCGCGGCGAGGUCGACCAGAGGAGGCUCCGCCGAGGCACGUGGGAGGCUUUGAUUUGAUACUCGACGGCGACGACGUGGUGGAGGAAAACAUGCUCCUACUCGGGGCGUUACAAGACGAUCGAUCGAUAGCACCACCUAAGCGAACUCAUCCUCCUCGGGUUCAUCCUUAA